UGAAAACAUUCUCACACAAGGGACACUUAUGCUGGCAUGCAUUUUUUGUAAGUAGCCUAAGUGUUACAUACCUAUGAGGAAAAAUUACUUCUUUUCAGUAAUUUAUAGUAUUUGAUCUUGCCAAAAACGCAUCUAUGUAUUGUCAGUUUUGUUUCCUACCCUGUCAGUUUAAGAUUCGAAGCAGAUUCGACAGGUACGCCACCUUUCGAAAUACUUGUGAAAUGCACCGCUUAGUGUUUCGAAUCACUUCAUCACGUGACAUGGGUGUUUCGAAUCACAUUUCGGAGCAGUGUUUCGAAACAUUUACGCUUCGGGAUCUCGACACAGUGUCGAAACGUCAGUUUCGCGGGAGCCAUCCCUACAUUAUUACUUUAUUAUCUGUUAGAGAAGUGAUUUUUGAGAUGAGCAAGCUGUAACGUUAGGUCCGGAUCCACAGUGUGACAACCCAAUGUAUGAGAAAAGAAGAAUGGAUAAUUCUGAUCAAAAUGAUGUGUCUAAGAAGUUGUUUAAACUCGAAUCAGAUGCAUGUCCAGGUUUAAACUCAGCUGUGAUUGAGGAGAUCUUACUGAAUCUGCCUGCAGAGGAUGUGGUAUUAAAGUGUUGUUUAGUGUGUCAUGAAUGGAAGGAGCUGGUGGACUCACAAUCACACUGGAAAGAGCGCUGUCGGAGAGAGGGAUUCAAGCCCUGCGAUGCGUCCAGACCCCCGGCGGACUGGCGUCUGUUUUACUUUCUGUCUAAGAAAAGACGUAACUUAUUAAAAAAUCCCAGAGCUGAGGAUGAAUUCAAUGGAUGGAAGAUUGUAGAGAAUGGUGGACACCGCUGGAAAGUAGAAGAGAAUUUUGCAGCCCUUCCAAAUGACAACAAUGACAAAUGCUUUGCCACCUCUUAUAUGUUAUGUUUAAAGCAACAGCUGAUUAAUUUGAAAGAAGAGGGUUACAGUCCUGCUUUCAUGGAUCAAAUGCAACCCGACAUCAAAAUAUCAGACUGGUAUGCCCCACGCUGGGAUUGCGGGUGUUAUUAUGAGAUCUGUGUAGAGCUGCUUGAUCAGGAAAAGAAACCCAUCAGUGUCUUUCAGCCUAAAAAAGUUUUCUUUGAACAGUGGAAUGAUCAACAAUGGUGUCAAAUGACACACGUCUUUAAGAAUUAUGGACCUGGAGUUCGGUUUAUUCGUUUUACUCACGGAGGAAAGGAUACAAAGAGCUGGGCAGGCUGGUAUGGAAUACGGGUUAUAAACAGUAAUGUAGAGAUCUGUCCAGCUGCUCAGAGAUAAAUGGUUUUAUUAUAUAAUAUUUUUAAGUCACUGAUGUACUUAGAAACUAACAAUGCAACACAUGUUUGUACUGAUACAAAGGAUAUAUGUAUCAUAUGCUCCUUGUAUGUUGUAUGUUUAUUGCAUGCUUUUAUGUAUAUAAAUCAAAAUGUAACAACUUCUGUUAAGUCUAUUACCUGAUUCUUCUUUUUACUUACCAGUGAUGUUACCAAUUGCAAUUUGUUCCAGCAAAUAGUGUUGCACUGGUAAUGAUAAGCAACUAAAUAUGCUAAAAUACUAAUAAUGUUAUUAGAUAAUUUUAUGACUUGAUAAUAGUUUAUUUUUAUGAAAACUCAUAUUUUUUCUACAGAUCAUAUAU